GACAGUAAAAAAAAUUCUUGCUUUUCCUCUUGCUUUUCCUCUUCUUCUUUAUAUUCUUCUUUGUCUUGUUUGAUACUCGUACUCGUACUCGUACUCAUAUUUAUCUAUCUGUAAAAUAAAUAAUAUCCUUUGAUAAUGCCGUUCCGUCCAAAGGAUACCUUCAAGUCAAAUGCAGACUCAGAGAGCACAAAAGAACGCAAGAGAAUUCACCAUAAUGUCCAAGCGUCUUCCUAUUGGCUUCCGAAUGAUGAUAUAGAGCAAGAUCGUUUAAACGAGAUGUACUUUGCUCUCAAACAUCUUUACAGCGGUCAACUUUUACCAAAAGUAAAAGAAAUCCUUGACUUUAACUCAAAUUUAAAGGUGUUGGAUCUUGGCUGUGCAACUGGAGCUUGGAUUUUGGAAACAUCUGUAGAGUAUCCUAAUUGUGAUUACUAUGGUGUCGACAUUAGUUCCAAUUUUCCCGCGCUUUCACCUAAUAAUACACAUUUUAUGCUACACAACGUUAUCGACGGUCUCCCAUUUGUGGACAGCUAUUUUGACUAUGUUCGACUUGGACAUUGGACUUCAAAUCUCAAGGAAGUCGAGUGGCCACCUUUUCUCAAAGAAGUCUAUCGAGUCAUGAAACCCGGAGCGUUAAUGCUGAAUCUCGAAAUUGAUACCAUGAACAGAAUGAUAGAAUCACACCCUUGAUGCUACUGGAUCCCUGACAGCCUUGUACAUGGUCAACAAAAUUAACAAGAUGUAUCCUGACCUUGUUUCUGUCUUGCCCGGUCUUUUAAAGAACGCAGGCUUCACAACCAUCCUGACAGAUAAAAGAUCUGUGAAUUUUGGUCAAGACGAUCACAAUAAUAUUCGGUUUGUUUCCUUGGCAACAAAUAUUAUUCAAAAGCUUGGAUAUUUGAUAGGACCAGCUCUUGGGAUGUCUGCUGAAGAAUACAUAGCAUCUACGCCCAAGCUCAUACAGAAAGCAAAGGACAAUCAUGCUGAAUGGACCUAUGUGGCAUUUCUAUCCCAAAAACCCAAAAAGAAGUAAUUUUAAAUUAUAUAUAUAUAUAUAUAUAUUGUUCCUCAAUCUAACCAGAAAUGAAGAAAAUAAUAAAAAUCGUUAAUUAAAUAAU